AGAGAGGAGAUGGUGGAAGAGGAAAGAAGGGAGAUCCUUGAGUACAAGAGGGGUGACUUAGAGGAGGAGGAAAAAGAAGAUGACAAGGAGGACAUUCUCCCACCCGAUAAAAGUAUCCGAAGGAGAGCCGUGGGCUGGGUGAAUAAAAAAUGGGAGAAGAGGAACCUCAGAAAGAUAGAGAGAACGUAUCAGAGAGAGGCUGAGGAGGGCCAUAAGAUCGUCCACAUAGCCAUCCCUGGACACACAAGGCUAACAUCCACCAUGACCCGGGCAGAGAGAGAGAGGGAGAAGAGGAAGGAGCUGCUGAAGGCUGAGGAGAGAAGGAAGAAGAUGGAGGAUUUCAAUAAGCAGUGGAGAGAGCGGUCCCUGCUUAAAAAACAGACUCAUCAACAACUGAAGGAGGAGAGGGAGAGGAUGAAGGAAAACUACCUGGAGCAGAUGAAUCUGGAGGCUGAUGCUCAAAUCAACACCCGGUGUCUAACCACCCAACACAGCCACGAUUACAACCACGGUCAGGAGUUGCCCGGGUGGGCCAAUGGCCAACAAGUAAGCCAAGAGCCCACUGGAUCUGCUGAUGGCCACCAGGAAAGGCCAAGGAGGCAACAGGCAUGGGCAGAGAACCAGGAGGGGAGUUCAGAGAACCAGCAGGAGGGGCCAGAGAACCAUCAGGGGGGGCCAGACAGCCAGCAGCUAGAAGCUCCAGAAGAGGCUGAAACAUCAGAGCGAAUAUCCAAGACAAAGAAAAAGCCAAGCAUCUGGAAGAAAAUUAGGAUGAGCCUUCCUGACGUGCUGUCUGCCUAGAGCUGGAACUCGAUGAAGCCACAGUUCCACUAAUGUUACGUUGGUAAUUAAAAGUGUCGCCCAAUAAUUCCUCCUCCUCUUUAAGUCAUCGAGCCACAUUUCCUCCUCAAAACAUUAUAGUCUCCUCAAGCCAGCAAGUAUCCUCUUUAUCAGGCAACAAACCAUCGAAGGUCAGUGACCCUCCUCCCAAGAACAGAGACUCUCAUCUGUAUCCUAGUUAAAUUCAUCUCUGCUUACCACCUCUACAGUCCUAGAAAAUAUCCCAAAAA